GCUUCGCGUCCCGCAUCCUUCUCCUUGUUCUUGCCUAUGACUCACUACGCGGAAGUUCGCUUUGGUCUCUUCACUUCUUCACUUGCCCUUGUCCACGAACUUGCUUCGCGUCCCGCAUCCUUCUCCUUGUUCUUGCCUAUGACUCACUACGCGGAAGUUCGCUUUGGUCUCUUCACUUCUUCACUUGCCCUUGUCCACGAACUUGCUUCGCGUCCCGCAUCCUUCUCCUUGUUCUUGCCUAUGACUCACUACGCGGAAGUUCGCUUUGGUCUCUUCACUUCUUCACUUGCCCUUGUCCACGAACUUGCUUCGCGUCCCGCAUCCUUCUCCUUGUUCUUGCCUAUGACUCACUACGCGGAAGUUCGCUUUGGUCUCUUCACUUCUUCACUUGCCCUGUUCCACGAACUUGAUGCUACAUACGCCUUACCUCUACGCCUGACUUCUCUCUUGUCUUUGGUGAGACGAAAACACGAAUGGGUAGAAGUCACAUCGGUGGAUGUGGAUCUGCCGGGGCCAGAGGAGAUACCCCGCCAGUACUUGCGGAGUUGUUCUCAGACUUAUGCUGACAAGCACAAGUUGACACUUGCGCAUUGGUCCCAGCCAAAGAGAACAGGAACCGGUUGGCGCACCACUUGCCAUUGCAAUGAACAUGUGAACUGUGCACGUUGGUAUCGAUUCACCGGAGAGGUUGGAGAGAGGGCAUACACACUUCGUGUCUCCAGCUCUGGAGAGUGUGGUGGCGAGCUGAAGAAGGCCCGCAAGGCUCCAGGAAGGGGCGAUGCAGCUUCGGUCCAGGAGAUUCGAGCAGCCAAAGUUGCCAUAGACAAGCUUCAGCAAGCCCGUGGCCAUUUUCCAUCUCCCAACGAUGUCCGGCGUGAGCUUGGCGAGACAUGGGCUGCUUCUCGGCAAAAAUUGAAAGGAGUAGUCACCAGAGUGCGACACAAGAAAGGCUUUGCAUCCAAGGCGCGCAACAAGAAGAGGCUCUCGGUGGGAUGUUUCCAGGAGUUUGUGGAUGCACGACGGAGCUUCGAGCAAUCCAUGUGCUUCAUGUCCGUCAGUCUCAAUGCAACUGUUCUCAGCUAUGUGGUGUUCUUCUCAGCUUUCUUGUCAGUGCUGGAAGAGUGGAAGCCGACCAAAUUGAUCAUGCAAGCUGAUUGCACCUUCAAAGUGGAUUGGGAAGGCUACGUAUGGGGGUUUGUUGGACUUGUCACUUUUCGACGCCUACGGGAACGCUGGCGAAAGACAUUUAUGCCCGUGCUCAUGCUUGCCCACCCAAGAGAGGAUAAACAGAUAUGGACAAAGGCUUUUCAAGACUUGGCGCAAGAGCUACGUCGUCGGCAUUUGCCUCCAGUCAGCAAGCUCUGUUGUGAUUGGAGAAAGGAAAUACCCGGUGCUUUCUUCGAUUCGUUUGAAGAUGGUCUGGUAGUGCAAGGGAUGGAGCACUUGGUGCGUGCAUUGCGCCGCAACAGAAGCAAGCUCGGCGGCACCCGCAAAAUCGAGUAUGUCAUUGCCUGCUUCUACACUUUUGCUUACCUCCCAAUGCAUCUUUUCUUUUCCACUGCCAUGGACAUAUAUCUCAGCAGAGUCAGGCAUGUUUGGAAAUCAGCUCACUUUGUCGACUAUGUCGAACAGCAGUUUUUGACGCGUGUUGAUGAUGUGAUUUGGGCUUCGUGGCACUGCGGCGCCUUCAGAGAGGAUUUUGAUCGUGGUGCUCCUCCAAGCCAGCAGCCAAUCGAGUCAUGGAACAGAAAGUUCAAAGAUGACUGUCUAGGCCGUUUGCAGAAAGGCAAGGAUGAUCAUGUGACUGUCCUGUCGCAAGUGGAAUCUUGUUUGCCGUUGUGGUCUCAGAAACCUCAGCAAGAUGAGGAGGAACCGUAUAGCUUGCUUGCGAAAGAAGGCUGCCACACAUGUUCCGGCCCUGACCGGCCGGAUGCUUGGAUGUUAGAGACUUCGGGGACAGUGAUCAAACCUCCUGGUGGGAAUGCUAUGUUUGUAGCAUCCAUCGCUUCGAUUCUGAAGCAUCAUGCUGAGGAUGCAGAGACGAUCUUUGCCAAGAAGUUGUGCGACCGCACCAUCUAUGUGCUUCGUAUCGGCGCUCCGCAGAAGAUUGCUUGUGGAGAGGACAUGGUGAGACAGAUACAAGUGGAGUCGCAGGAGGACUUGCUGCAACGCUGGCAGACGUGUGGCAUUUUGAUUCAGCCUACAGAUGGGUGCGAGCGCGCUCCACUGAAGGUAUCCAUGGAGACUUUGCGCGCACAUUGGCAAGAGCAUUGCAUGGUGAUUGCGAUUGACCGUGGCGCUGGCAGACCCAAGACUCUUCGGGCCAGCUGCUGGCAUUUUGCCCAUCACGGACAUUGCAGUCAUCUCUAUGCCGUUCAGCAGCUCGAAGGAUUGCAGACUCAUAUACAACCAGACCUACCAGUCGCUUCGUGUGGCCAAGCUGCUUUGAAGCAAGGGGCAGUUCCUGAGUACGAUUGUGCUCUUGGCUCUUCCGAAGAUGAAGCUGGCCGCAAGAAGCGCAAAAAAAAGGAGAAAAAAGCCAAAGUCAGUGUGCCCCGGACACGGAAGAAAGAGAGGAAAAAGCCCAGUCGGUCACGCACCCCUGGCAGAGCUCGUUCUCGAACUCCUGGCAGACCUCGUUCUCGAACCCCUGGCAGAGCGAGGGCUGACCAAAAAGCGGAACAGCAGGGCGACAUGAAACGCCCUGCUGCUGCUGCUGCUGCUACCUCAAAGCGGAAGCCACGUUCGUCCAAGGAUAGAGUGCCGGCUGUGCCUCUAGAACCUCAGCUACAGCCUGUUGAAGAAAGCCAAGAAUGUCGCGAUUGCUGCCGCUUGGGCGGUGUGUGUGGUGUGUGCAAGAGCAAUGGGUUUGUCACGCCGGACCAGCCUACUGCAGCGUUGAAGUCACCAGCCCCUCUCGAAGAAGACCAAGAACCUGAUAUGAAUGUGUUGACAAAAGCCUUGGACACCCAUGGCCCGGAGCAGAAAGCAAUGGCAGCGGCUGAGGAAGACCUGGCCCGCGUCCCUUGUCGUGGUAGUUUGAGCAAGAAAGCCCGGAGAGCAGCUCUGUGGCGAAAGUUUGGCAAAAAAACGUCCAGCAAAUUGUUGUCCAAGCAAUCUUUCGAGAAUGCCGUGAAGUCUCUCUUGCCGGAGGGUAAAAAGAUUGGUGCUCAGGGCCUUUCUUGUUUGCAACUGGCUGUGGAAGCUGGUAUGGCGCAACUCUUUCAUGAAGCGAAUAUGUGCAGUCAGCAUUGUGGCCGAAGCACAGUCUGGCCAAAAGACUUUCAUUUGGUUCAACAGAUUAAGCCUGAUGAUGUUGUGCUCCGUGGUUGGGUUCCUUGCGGUCCACUGAAGCCACCGCGGGUGUCCGCGACUAUGGUUGCUGAAGGCGGCCGCUUACUUUUGUCAAAGCAAAGUGCUUUACAAAAUGCAGAUAAUUCUAAGGUCGCCACAUGA